AUGUCUUCUUUAAACUUUCUUGCAGCAGCCAUCACCACAACUUUCAUUGUCUCAUCCACUUCGGCAUUGUCUCCAUACACAGAAUUGCCACCUGAUAUUGCUCCUCUCCUCCCUUCCACCGGCGCCCGCGGUGCCACCCCUCCAACCGGGGCAGUCGAGCCGACAAUCCCCUCCACGCACAGCCCUCCUAACCCCGAUAUAACGGGCUCGACUGGCCUCGACACAGCCUUCGGGCCUUCCGGCCCAUUGCAAGAUUCAUUUGCAGUGCCUCAAGUUGGAGUCCGAGUGUUGGGAGCUUUUGGAUUACUACUUUAUUUGAUCAUUAUAAGAGGUAUUUAG